AUGUAUGGCACGCAAAUAGACAAAAUUGGUGAACAAUAUAAUAAUGUUAGAUUUUUUUUUGCAUUUGCAGGUGAGCCAGUAGAUACAUCUUACGAUGGAGAUGAUGUAUACGACGACGAUGACGAAUAUUUCGAUGAUGAUGGUAACGUAGAUGAUGGUGGCGAUGUUGGUGAUGAUGAUGAAAAUGAUGAUGAGCAAGUACCAAAUAAACAGAAACCAAACCGAACUCCAAAACCAAGUACUAAGCCAAGUGAGAAACCGAGUAGUAAACCAAGUCCAAAACCGUCUGAAAAACCCAGUCCUACACCGGGUGAUAAACUAAAACCAAAGCCGAGUCCGAAACCAACUGAAAAACCGAGCUCUAAUCCAAGUCUGACACCUGGCGAAGAGGCUAAUCCUAAACCUAACGAAAAACCUAGACCUAAGCCAAGUCCAAAACCGAGUGAAAAACCGAGCCCCAAACCGAGUGAUAAACCAGGUUCAAAAUCUGGAGGAGAACCAACUCCAAAGCCAAGCGAAAAGCCGAGCUCCAAACCAAGUCCGAAACCAAGUGGAAAACCUACUCCAAAACCAACGGGAAAGCCAUAUCCAAGACCUGGUGAAGAGCCAACUUCUAAACCAAAUGAAGAACCGUCUUCAAAACCAGGCAAUGACGCAACUCCAAAACCAAGUAGAAAUCCUUACCCAAAACCCAAUGAAAAACCUAGCUCGAAACCAAAUGAAGAACCGAGUAACCCUAGACCUUCGGAUGGUGAAGGGCCAGUGAGUAAAGAUACUGAUGAUGUCUAUUAUGAUGUUGUUGGUGGUGAUGUUUAUCCGGUUGAUGGUGACAUUGAUGAGGAUGACGAUGAUGAAGUUGAUGCUGAUGGACAAUUACCUGAAGAUUCUGAUGAGAAUGGACAAGAACCAGAUGAAUCUAAGCCCAACGAAGAAUCUAGCAAGGAAGUCGGUUCAAGGCCAAAACCGAGUCGAAAACCAAUGGACAAACCAACUGACAAACCCAGUCCAAAACCAACAUCCCCAAGGCCCAAUGAUAAACCUGGUUCAAAUACUGGUGAUUCAAAUACUCUUGAUGACAAAGGUGAUCACGACAGUGAUGACGGUAAUAACAAAUAUGAUAACGAGAGUGAUAAUGAUCACGAUGGUCCGAAACCGAGUCACAAACCAAGACCGAAGCCAACUGACAAACCAGGCCCAAAACCAACACGUAAACCUGGUCCGAAACCAAGUGACAAACCAGGUUCCAAUCCAAAUGACAAACCAGGUCCAAAACAAACUGACAAACCAGGAUCACAACCAAGCGAUAAACCAGGAUUAAAACCUAGUGAUCGGCCGGGGUCAGAACCAAGUGAUGAGUCGGGUUCAAAACCAACCAAUAAACCGGGACCUAAAUCAACUGAUCGGCCAGUUUCAGAACCAAGUGAUAAGCCUGGUUCAGAAUCAAGUGAUAAGCCUGGUUCAGAACCAAGUGAUAAGCCUGGUUCGAAACCAACUAACAAACCAGGCCCAAAAUCAACUGAUCGGCCGGAUUCAGAAACAAGUGAUAAGCCAGGUUCCAAACCAAGUCAUAAGCCUGGUUCAGAACUAAGUGACAAGCCUAGUUCCGAACCAACUAAUAAACCGGGACCAAAAUCAACGGAUCAGCCAGGUUCAGAACCAAUUGAUAAGCCGGGUUCAAAACCGACUAAUCAACCAGGACCAAAAUCAACAGACCGGCCGGAGUCAGGAUCAAGUGAUGAGCCGGGUUUAGAACCAACUAAUAGACCGGGCCCAAAAUCAACUGAUCGGCCGGAUUCCGAACCAAGUGAUAAGCCAGGUUCAGAACCAAGUGAUAAGCCAGGUUUAGAACCAAGGGACAAGCCUGGUUCAAAACCAACUAAUGAACCGGGACCAAAACAAACUGAUCAGCCAGGUUCAGAACCAAGUGAUAAGCCUGGUUCAAAACCAAGUGAUAAGCCAGGUUUAGAACCAAGGGACAAGCCUGGUUCAAAACCAACUAAUGAACCGGGACCAAAACAAACUGAUCAGCCAGGUUCAGAACCAAGUGAUAAGCCUGGUUCAAAACCAAGUGAUAAGCCAGCUUUAGAACCAAGGGACAAGCCUGGUUCAAAACCAACUAAUGAACCGGGACCAAAACAAACUGAUCAGCCAGGUUCAGAGCCAAGUGAUAAGCCGGCUUCAAAACCACCUGGCAAGCCAGGAACUAAACCAACUGAUAAACCAGGAUCAAGUUCAAGACCGGCGACAUCCCCGAACACACCCGACAAUCCUUCUGGAACAAAUAGCACGUCAACUCCAAACGAUAACUCGCCUGACGUAUAUUCUAAUGAGGAUGAUGACACAUCUCCAAGUGAUACAACUGAUGUUUCAUCUGAACCUGACGAUUCAAGCAACGCUGGUAAGCCUAGAAGAUCCCCUGGCAUUCGCCGUAAGCAUCGCCGUCAUAGAAGACCAGGGAAGAAAAUUAUCAGGAAGAGGAUUGAAACUGAUACUGGCACAACAGUUGUUAAGCGUACUGAUGGCACUAUAGUCACCGUUUACGAAGAUGAUUAUUACAUCCCAGACGACAAUUACGAUGAUGAUAGUGAGGAUGUGGACGAUGAUGAAACAAAUCCAAAUAAACCAAACACUAAGCCCAGAGGUGGAAAGGGUCCAAAACGGAAGCCAAGACGUAAACCACGUCGUAAGCCAUCUGACAACACAUCGCCAGGUUCAAAACCGAAUAAAAAGCCGUCUCCUAAACCAGGCGAAGAGCCUGCUCCAAAGCCGACUAGAGAGCCGAAACCGAGUGAAAAGCCAAGUCCUAAACCAAGUGAUAAACCAACUCCCAAACCUGAAAAAGAGGUGACUACCAACCCUGGUGGGAAACCGUCUACAAAAUCUGAUGAAGAACUAAAACCUAAACCUGGUGCGGAGCCUACUUCUCAACCUGGUGAAAAUUCUACUACAAAACCUAGCGAAAAGCCAACACAAAUACCAGGCGAAAAACCAACUGCGGAACCCUGUGAUGAGGCGUCUUUAAAACCUGACGGAAAACCAACUACAAAACCCGGCGAAGAGUCGAGCCCAAAACCAGAUGAAAAAUCAAAGCCAGGUGAAGAACUUACUCCUGACUCUUCGAAGUCAACUACUACUACUGGCAGUACACCUGGAUCAAAUGGAGGUUCUCCUACAACUGACGGCACCCCACGCGGCAGUACUCUUGGACCUAAUGAAGGUUCACCUACAACUGACGGCAGCCCCAGUGGCAGUACUCCUGGACCGAAUGGAGGUUCUCCUACAACUGACGGCAGCCCCAGUGGCAGUACUCCUGGACCGAAUGGAGGUUCUCCUACUACUGACGGCAUCCCCAGUGGCAGUUCUCCUGGACCGAAUGGAGGUUCUCCUACAACUGACGGCAGCCCCAGUGGCAGUACUCCUGGACCGAAUGGAGGUUCUCCUACAACUGACAACAGCCCCAGUGGCAGUACUCCUGGACCGAAUGGAGGUUCUCCUACAACUGACGGCAGCCUCAGUGGCAGUACUCCUGGACCGAAUGGAGGUUCUCCUACAACUGACAACAGCCCCAGUGGCAGUACUCCUGGACCGAAUGGAGGUUCUCCUACUACUGACGGCAGCCCCAGUGGCGGUACUCCUGGACCGAAUGGAGGUACUACACCUGGCGAUAGACCAACUGGCAGUUCCCUUGGACCGAAAGGAGGUUCUCCUACAACUGACAGCAGCCCCAGUGGCGGUACUCCUGGACCGAAUGGAGGUUCUCCUACUACUGACGGCAGCCCCAGUGGCAGUUCUCCUGGACCGAAUGGAGGUUCUCCUACAACUGACGGCAGCCUCAGUGGCAGUACUCCUGGACCGAAUGGAGGUUCUCCUACAACUGACAACAGCCCCAGUGGCAGUACUCCUGGACCGAAUGGAGGUUCUCCUACUACUGACGGCAGCCCUAGUGGCGGUACUCCUGGACCGAAUGGAGGUACUACACCUGGCGAUAGACCAACUGGCAGUUCCCUUGGACCGAAAGGAGGUUCUCCUACAACUGACAGCAGCCCCAAUGGCGGUACUCCUGGACCGAAUGGAGGUUCUCCUACUACUGACGGCAGCCCCAGUGGCAGUUCUCCUGGACCGAAUGGAGGUUCUCCUACAACUGACGGCAGCCUCAGUGGCAGUACUCCUGGACCGAAUGGAGGUUCUCCUACAACUGACAACAGCCCCAGUGGCAGUACUCCUGGACCGAAUGGAGGUUCUCCUACUACUGACGGCAGCCCUAGUGGCGGUACUCCUGGACCGAAUGGAGGUACUACACCUGGCGAUAGACCAACUGGCAGUUCCCUUGGACCGAAAGGAGGUUCUCCUACAACUGACAGCAGCCCCAAUGGCGGUACUCCUGGACCGAAUGGAGGUACUACACCUGGCGAUAGACCAAUUGGCAGUUCCCUUGGACCGAAUGGAGGGUCUCCUACAACUGACGGCAGCCCCAGUAGCAGUACUGCUGGACCGAAUGGAGGUUCUCCUACAACUGAUGGCAGCACAAGUGGCAGUUCUCAUGGACCAAAUGGAGGUUCUACACCUGGCAACAGUCCAACUGGCAGUACCCCUGGACCAAACGGAAGUUCCACACCUGGCGACAGCCCAACUGGCAAUUCCUCUGGACCGGAUGAAAAUUCUCCCACAACCGUUAGCAGCCCGAAAGGAGGUUCCCCUGGACCGGAUAGAAAUCCAAAAACUGAUGUUACGACUGACUCCGAACCAAACUCAGUCAACCAAUCCACGACAGAGUAUUCCCCUGGCAAACCAGAUGAUUCAACCAAUAGUCCCUCUGAACGAACUCCGAAAACUGGCAGAAAGCGCAGACCUGGUCGUAGACCUCGUAAACCCAAGCAUGGACGUCGUGUCAUCACCAAAACUGACUCCAGAUCUUCGUCUAAAGUAGUAACAGGCACACGCUCUGACACAGUAUAUACCGUCGAAACAGAAUUCGAACCGAUCGGAAACUCCGGAGAACCUGACUGCUUACCAGACGGCUCCGUUGGCAACCCUAGUGUAGGUUCUAGUCCAAGCCCUAACCCUGCAACUAUUACAAAACCAACGGAUAAACCAAGCUCAAAACCAUAUCCAGAGCCAAAUCCUGAACCGAGUACGGAACCUAAUUCCGAGCCAACUCCCAAAGCCAAUCCGGAGCCAACUUCCGAACCAAAUGCAGCAUCAACUACUGGACCAACUUCCGAACCAAAUGCUGCAUCAACUCCUAAACCAAGUGCCGGAUCAACUGCCGAACCAAAUGCUGCAUCAACUCCUAAACCAAGUGCUGGAUCAACUUCCGAACCGAAUGCUGCAUCAACUCCUGGACCAAGUUCUGGACCAACUUCCGAACCAAAUGCGGGAUCAACUCCUAAACCAAGUCCUGGAUCAACUCAUGAACCAAAUUCGGGGUCAUCUCCUGGACCAAAUUCUGGAUCAACUUCCGAACCAAAUGCUGCAUCAACUCCUAGACCAAAUUCUGGAUCAACUUCCGAACCAAAUGGGGCAUCAACCCCUGGACCCAGUCCUAGAUCAACUUCCGAACCAAAUGCAGUAUCAACUCCUAAACCAAGUGCUGGAUCAACUUCCGAACCAAAUGCGGGAUCAACUCCUAAAUCAAGUUCUGGAUCAACUCAUGAACCAAAUUCGGGGGUCAUCUCCUGGACCAAAUUCUGGAUCAACUUCCGAACCAAAUGCUGCAUCAACUCCUAGACCAAAUUCUGGAUCAACUUCCGAACCAAAUGGGGCAUCAACCCCUGGACCCAGUCCUAGAUCAACUUCCGAAC